GGGAUGGAUGGUGGGGAUGGUGGAGGUGGUCAUGAUGGGUUGGGAGAGGGUUUGGGAGUGCGGGGGGGGGAGAGGGGUGACAUGGAUGGGCGAGGAAUGAGGCGGUUUGCUGGAUGCGCCGGAUGAGAGAGGAGGUGGAGGGAACGGGACGAUGGUGGAGGUUGAAGGGUUGAUGGAUGUGGUGGUAGAGGUGGUAGGAGUGGAAGAGGUCGGCGGGGGGCUGUUGCUGGAGGCGGCUGUGGAGGAGGGAGUGGUUUGCACUGUGGAGGUUGGAGUGGUUUGCGCUGUGGAGGAGGGAGUGGUUUGCGCGGUGGUGACGACCGUGAUGGAGGGGAUGGUCCCUUCGAUUGUGGUGACACGGUCGCAUAUGGACAAUAUGUUGGCCUUUAUGUCAUCGAGAGAGGCGGUGACGGAGGUUCGGAAGGUGUUGAGUGCGUGGAGGAUGGCGGAGAGGUCGAGGGUGGCGGUGUUUGCAGGUGGUUGUUCGCCUGCGAGGUUGCGGGCGAGGCUAUCAACUGAGUCGGUGCGGAUGUCGGACAUGUUGAUGGAGGAUGCGGCCAUGUCAGGGGAAGAGGGGGUGGAGGACGUGGCCUGAACGGGUGUGGAGGAUGCCGCAGCAGCAGUGGCGGCGGCAGCAACGGCGGCG